CUUCAAGCUCCCCUACCAUCCUACAGUGCGCCAUGCUCUGCCCGACUGACCAGACUAGCUGUCACACUGUCACAUCAAUCGGAUUAUACUGCCAUUUCUAACUGGAAUCAUAAUUACAUGCAGAUGAGGAACUCAGCGUGAUGCUCAAGUAGAACAGCAGCAGAUACACCAACAUCCAAAAUGGCCGACAUACAGUGUCUGCUCGUUUGCCUUGCCCUUGUCACUGUCACAGCACUAGCUGCUACUCCAACAUGUCCAGCAAAGUGCCGAUCUUGUCAAAACAACAUCACAGACUGUUCCGUCAUGAAACUGGCAAAUCCACCAAAAGACGUUGACAUAAACACAAGAAUUUUCAACAUUGGUGGAAAUGCUUUAAGGGUUCUUGGUGAAAAUUCCUUUGGCAAACUGCCAAAUGUUGAAGUUUUAAAGGCAAGUGGAAAUCAGAUCAGAGUUGUGAAAAAAGAAAACUUUCAAGAGUGUUCCAAAACUCAUGACCCUUGACCUGUCCAACAACAAAAUAGGAAGAAUGUACUCUCAAUCCUUGAUUGGACUUUCAAACCUUAAGACUCUAAACCUGGCCAACAACAACAUCCAAACAGUGACCCAGAUCCUAGAUGUUGUCCCAACCUUGUUCCAACUCAAUCUUGGAUCAAACAGAAUAAGAGUCAUCCAUGCUAAAACCUUUUAUAAGAAUGUCCAUAUGCACUAUCUGGACUUGAGGUACAAUAACCUUGUCAGAAUCCAUCCAGAUGCCUUCAAACAUCAGAAAUAUCUGCGCUACUUAUUCCUCAACAAUAACCCACUUGCCAGUCUUCCAGCUCUCAACAUGGGCAGCCCCAAUCUUCAACUGAUCGACUUUUCUCACUGCCAGCUGAAGAAGGUUCCUCAAGGAGUCCCACCUUCUGUUUCUGACCUUCGUCUUGGUCAUAACAAGAUAAUUGAGAUACGUAAACGGGAUCUUGAAAAUAUCACCAGACUCCGCAUGCUAACCUUAAACAACAACAAAAUCAACAGAGUGGCAUUCAUGGCUUUCUCAAAGCUAAAGAAUCUUCAGGAGAUUUGGUUGAGAGACAAUAAUCUCAUUUAUAUCCCUCGAGGAUUGCCAGACAAUCUCAAGAAGCUAUACAUGGACUCGAACAAAGUGGUUGAAAUUCAAAGAGCUCAAUUUGCAAACACAUCCCAACUUGAAUAUUUCACAGUUGAGAAAAACAGAGUCCAAACAAUUGAGGCUGGUUCCCUGUCCAGAUUAAGGUUUCUGAAAUAUCUCAACCUUCAAGGCAAUGGAAUAUCAACCAUCACCAAAGGCAUGUUCGACAACGUACGAAACCUCACCACCCUCACCCUGUCAAACAACCCAAUCAACAAAAUUGAGACUGGAGCUUUUAAAAAUCUGGAGAACCUCACAUCCCUUUACAUGUCUUACAUUCCUCCCUCAGAUGACUUCUCCCUGGAGGACAACUUCCUUCCAGAAAUGCCCAAACUUGAGAAGCUAGGCUUGAUGGGCAGUCAGAGUCUUGCUCUGCAGCUACUCCAGAUCAUUGAUGACACACCAGUCAUGCAUCACCUGACUGAGGUGGAUCUGACCUUCAAUGACAUCCAGACCCUUCCACCUUCUUUACAGAGAGUCUUCCCUAAGGUACAGGCUCUGUCCAUUGAUGGCAAUAUCCUGAACUGUGACAACCGACUUCUCUGGCUGGCACGGUGGAUGAAAGCAUCAGAUGUGAAAUUCUUUGCUUAUGAAGAGCCUCAAUGUGAAGAACCAGAAAAAAACAAAGGAAAAUUGCUCAAAGAUGUUCCAGAGUCAGAUUAUGUAGAAGUAAAACAAGAGUUACCUCCCCCUCCACCAGUGCAAGAAGCUGAAAGAAGGACAGUUGAGGUUCCAGAGAAAACUGAAGAACCUGUCCAGAAGUUGAAAGUUGUGCAAGUUGAGAAAGUUGAGAAAAUUAAUCACCGACGUAAAGGCCUCAACCCGGCACACAGGGUAGCGAACCCACAAACCCAAGCCGCAGCAGCAACAACAACAACAACAGCUCCUGUAACAUCCAAAGUUGAGGCAACAACAACAAAAGCUCCUCAACGUGUAGGCAGACGUCAAAGGGUCUCCAAAAAACAGGGCAGCCAACAAAAGAGGAAAGCGUCCGAGGAACAGAAGGCGAAAGAAGACUGAGAAGAAACGUCGAAGAAAGAGGCGUCACCGAAAGACAGAGGAUGACAGGGUGAGGAGAUAUGGAAAGAGCCGAAAGAGGAACAGGAACAGGAACAGAAACAGGAACAGGAACAGAGCAGCAGCAGCAGUGUCAGCUUAAAAGACACUGGGCAUAUGGAACCAUCACACUUUUAACGAUUGAUGAUGGAUUCUUAUAACAGUACCAUGUACUGAACAUAUAAUCCACAGAAUACAGUUCCAAAAUCCUUUUCAAAUGAGGCAGAGUAUAGUCUCUGCAUUCAUUCUAAUGACCUAUGUAAAUGAGAUAGGACAUGGUUUUAGAGAUCAUUUCACUUAAAUGGCGAAUUCAAGUGGAACUGUGGAAUAGUUACUGGAUACUUCGGAUGAAAUGAGACAGAACAUGGUCUCAUCGAUCACAUCUGAGGACCGAUGAAGAUGGAUUUUUGACUAGUUAUCAAGUAAUAUGGAUCUAUGAAGUCACGUCUGAGAUACAAAUACCCAGGGUACGGUGGUACCAGUAGUGAAAAGAACUUCUACCACAAUAUGCAAGAAAGAUUCUUGAAUCAACUCAUGUACUAGAUCACCGAUACUGUGUGGUGAUGUCGGCAUGCACAAGGUACCAAGAGCUUGUGAUGAACCAGAACAGAGACAUUUGACCCUCAAGAUGGAAAUAGAUAGCAAGUAUUAUUCCACAAAAACAUUAUUCAUUCUUCAAUUUCAAAAUUACAGACAUGUUGUUUGGGUAUUCCUAGAUGCGACUACCUGAAAUAUUGACUAUGCAUGAAUAAUACCAACAUAUCGG